CUUGACUCGUUCCUCCUUCUUUUCCACCUCCUCCUCCUCCUCCUCCUCCUCCUCCUCUUCGUCCUCCUCCUCGUCCUCCUCCUCGUUCCGUUUCUCUUCGUCGUCUCCGUCUUCGUCUUUGUUUUGAUCAGGAGAGGGUGGUGGAGAAUCUUCUUCCCUUUACCCUCGGUAAUCGGUCUUAUUCAUCAAAUCCACGGCGUCGAUCGGCGUCGCUUCGGUGUUUUCUCAAAAUCGGUCCUCGCUUUUAAGGACCGAUCGACCCAACGUUUGAUCCAACGAUCGAUCCAACGAUCCAUCGAUCGAUCGGGGGAGCAAACGAGUACGCGAACAGACAGGCGAUCCCGUGUGCAGUGUACGAGAAAGACCGUCCACCUCCCCUGCCUCACUCGCGUCGUCUCUCACACCAAUCCAUAUGUAUGGGGUUGAGGCACAGGCGACGCAAAUGUGCUGACUACAUUACGCCGCUAUAUAAGAUAGCCGGGCACUAAGAUCCCCACAGACCGAGUCAGAUCGGCAGACCGUUCACAGACGGACUCCGGCAGGACAACACACGGCCUUAGACGGCAACCACAACAAACGCGCCGAUCCUUUCUUCGCUCUCUUUAACUACUUGCUACGAUCACCGAGGACGAGAAAAGUAGCCGGUCUGCCAGAAGCUAAGAUCUCCGCAACCCGAGCGAAACGUGUCCACGAGUGUACCCGCGCCACACGCGAUACGCCGAGCCGGCGAACUAACGCGUUUCCUUUCCUCCUUCUUCUUCUUCUUCUUAUUCUUAUUCUUAUUCUUACUCUUCUUAGUCUUCUUAUACUUCUAUUUCUUCUUAUUCUUAUUCUUUUACCAUUUGCAUCUUCUUGCCAAGUGAAAUAUCGUGCGUGAGAAAAUCGAAGACAUGCUGUCGCUCAGCCUGACGACUUCCUUACUUAUCGCUGUCACCGUGCUAGCUCUCAUUCUUAUCCUGAUCGAUCAUCUUCGAUCGGAAAAGGCUAGGAAACGCGAGAAAAUUCUUUACUCGGAGGGAUCGUUUCUACCAGAACCACCUGGUCCAAAACCUUGGCCAAUUUUGGGAUCCCUUCAUAUACUUGGACGUUACGAUGUGCCUUACAAAGCCUUCGCCGAUCUCGUCAAGGUCUACGACAGCCAAGUGAUCAAACUUAAGAUGGGAUCGGUACCUUGCGUCGUCGUCAAUGGACUCGAAAAUAUUAAAGAAGUACUCUUCACCAAGGGACCGCAUUUUGACUCCAGGCCAAACUUUGUUCGGUAUCAUCUACUCUUCUGUGGGAACAAGGAGAAUUCUCUUGCCUUUUGCAACUGGUCCGAGUUACAAAAGACUCGUCGAGAGAUGCUGAGAGCUCACACGUUCCCGCGUUCCUUUACGAUGCGUUACAACCAGUUGAACGAUAUAAUAGGUGCCGAGUUGGAAAUCAUGAUGGAUCAUCUAACUUCGUUCUCGGGAGCAAGCGUUCAUGCCAAACCGCUCGUUCUUCACACCUGUGCUAGCGUCUUCGUGAAAUAUUUCUGCUCUAAGAGUUUCACGUUCGAGUACAAACCGUUUCGCAGGAUGGUAGAAAAUUUCGACAAAGUAUUCUUCGAGGUUAAUCAAGGUUACGCUGCUGAUUUCAUGCCUUUCUUAAUGCCACUUCAUCAACGAAAUAUGACUAGAAUGGCUAAUUGGAGUCACGAAAUUCGUCAUUUCGUCGACGAAGAUAUUAUUGGAGAACGAUUGGACAAAUGGACGUCUCUCAUACCCGAAGAAGAUUACGUCGAUUGUCUGAUAAAUCACGUAAAGACCGAUACCGAACCAACUAUGACUUGGGACGUGGCUAUGUUUGCAUUGGAAGAUAUAAUAGGCGGUCAUUCGGCUGUUGGCAAUCUUCUCGUGAAAAUUUUAGGAUUUUUGGCGACUCGACAACACAUUCAACAAAUGGCACAAAGAGAGAUCGAUUCGGUUGGCAUAGAGGAGAAAUUUGUUGGCUUGGGAAACAGAUGUUUGAUGCCUUACACCGAAGCUAUCAUCUUGGAAGCUAUCAGAUUGAUCGCCAGUCCGAUCGUACCUCACGUGGCCAAUCAGGAGAGUUCCAUAGCAGGUUAUAGAAUCGAAAAGGACACGUUCAUUUUCUUAAACAAUUACGAAUUAAAUAUGUCCGAAGAGCUUUGGAUCUCACCGAAAGAAUUCAUGCCGGAAAGGUUCCUUCGUGACGGAAGACUUCACAAACCGGAACACUUUUUGCCAUUCGGAGGUGGACGAAGAUCGUGCAUGGGUUAUAAGAUGGUUCAGUAUAUAAGCUUUGCGACGAUUGCUACGUUAUUGAAAAACUUUACGAUAUUGCCAGUAGAUAAGGAAAGUUAUAAAGUACCGAUCGGUACUUUGGCACUGCCAGAAAAGACCUUUCAUUUUCGAUUUGUUGAAAGACGGUAGAAAUCUAACACGAAAACGUAAUAUUCUAUCUAGACUUUCAUCAGAAUCCUUUAUCUUAAUUAGUCCUCGAUAGAAACGAGCUUUACAAUCUCUCUCGUAAAGGAAGAAUAAAAAAUAAUUCGAAAGUGAAAGACAGAGAGAGAGAGAGAGAGAGAGAGAGAGAGAGAGAGAGAGUUGCCAAAGAAGAUUCUCCUCUGACGUAAGAUAUCGAAAGGAGGAUCUAAUGAAAUUCCUUUAACAAUCGAGAGAAGAAUCUUCCUAUCGACGAAGUUUUACUAAGACUACUACAGAUCCAAAAGAAAGAAAAAAAAAGUCAACAACAAAAGAACAACAAACCGAAGAAUUUUCACUUCGAUCGGACCAUAUUAUAUCAACAAUGAAGAUAUUCGAUCUUCGGUAUCGAGAGAGCUUUACUGACAUUAUUAGAUCGUUAAGAUAGCAAAUUUGAUCGAGCCAUCAUUGACACGAUCAUUACAACGAUAAUUUAGAAACGAGUCUCGUCAAGUUGAUACGAGGAUUGAAAAUAAUCGUGAUCGCUUAUUCAAAGUGUGCUUCUUUCUUUUCUUUUUUCUUUUUGUUUCCGUUUUUUUUUCAUCUUUCUUUCUCUUUUUUUCUUUUUUUUUAUUACUUGUCCUUUAAAAAAUAUCACAUUUCAACGUAUCUAUAGUAUUAUUGAAGAAAAAUAAUUUCAUUGUUAAAAGAUCGAGAUGCUCGGGAUGGAACGAUCUUACUCUUACAAGGAGACUCGUUUCGUGCUCGUCAAGUUCGUGCCAAAUCGCUAGCCAAUCCUGACAAUGAGAUCCUGGCUUAGCUAAUUUUGUUUAAAGAAAUCGUCACGUAUGUAGGUACGAAUUUAUCCUUCGAUAACAUUUCGCAAGACAAAACGUCCGAUAGUUUCAAUUUUGACUUUACUAUCGCAAAGAACGUUUCUCUUAUCCUUUCUAUCAAUUUCAAUUAAAAGAAAGAUCAAUGAAGAAAGACAAAUUUUAAUGAAAUUAGAAUUGUCGAUAACGCUCGACGACGAACUCGUUUAUCUAUUUCUCUU